AUGGCUCCCGCAAAAAGGCGCAAAACGCGUGAUUUCACCGAAAAUUCCCUCGAUAUCCUCAAUCAUAUCGGUGAUUCGGACAUUUCCCUGCGACAGCGCACGACAACAAACACAAGGCGCAGAACUCGAAACACGAGACAGUCGCAUACCAUCGAUUCUUCUUCCACGUCUGAAGUCCUGCGUGAACCCUCUGGGCCCAGGGAACAGCCCCUGCGUAUGCGACUUCGAAGUCAUAAUAACCACUCUUUAAUCGAGCCCGAGCUUGAGCCUGAAUCCGAACCCAACUACCAUGAAUCACCACCCGAAGAAAGUGAAGAGCGUGGGCAAUCCAGCUUUCAUGAAGAAGAGAAUAGCAGCGAUUCUACUGGCAAUGAAAAUAACAUCGCGCUCACUGAAUACCAUGAGAGUGGAUUCAACGGCGAAGACAUACAAAUCGAUAAAGAUAGCAUUGGAAUCAAUGCGGAUAUCGUUGAAAUUGUUGAAAAUGAUGGGAACAAUGCCAGUACUGAUGAGAACAAUGUUAGGAUUGUCGAGGUUGACAACAACAGCAACGAUAAUAAGGGAAGUGACGAGGCCGACAACGAUGACGACGAGCCAUUUGUCAAUCAGCCCGAGAAAUUGGAUCGGAAAACAGCAGCAGAACUCUUCUCCAACUUGUCACCCCCGAUCUAUCAUGGUACUUCUGCCAUUGCUCCACGCUCAACCAUAACUUACUCUCCGCCGUCCGAAUCCAAUGCGACUGGAGUUGUCAUAAACAACCCGGAGUACAGCAAUUCCACGACGAGAACUGCGGAGAAUACCCAGGCACAUGAGGUGUCAGGCUCUCAAGACCCUGACCUGGAUCUUCAGCUAGAGCUACAGCAGGCUGCUCGUAAUGCAGAUGCUGAUAAUGCAGAUACUAAUAAUGUAGAGACCUUUAAUUGGCCAGUCCCAGCUCCGUCGUUACAAGAUCCAAUCAUCCGGGACCUCAAAACCUGGUUUGAUCUGGAGAUCCAACAAAACACCCAGAAGGAGGAGUGGAAAAAGAUUCGAGAAAAAGGGCGACUCUUGCGAGGAUUCGCCGUCAAACCCAGGCCGGAGUACCUUACAGGAUCCUCCAAAGAGAUUUCUGAACUACGGCAGAUUUAUACUGAAGUUGAGAAUGCUUCAACCUUUCCCACCGCUAUUCAAAAUCAAAUGAAGAAUCUGCGUGAGGCCAUUAAAAUCGAGGCCACUCGAUUAUUCCAGGCCGCCGCGGAAGAACACCGAGAUGCGACCCUUAUUGAUCAGUUUGAGGCGCAUCAAAUACAGCGAAUCAUUCUCCUUGUUAUGUUUGGCUUCCGAUGUUACAAGAAGAUGGGCCACCCGGCAUACAGCCAGUUCGAAGGAAUCCUGGAGCUAUUGCUAUGGUGCUGCACGCGAAUCUAUGAUUAUUCGCAAUUGGAUGAGUAUCUACACAAUGUGAAGGCCCGAUCCCGAAAUCUUCGCCUGUCCGUGAAAAGAGUCCUGAAAGCACUCAAUUCGGGUGAUUUGAAUCGCAAAGUUGCUGUGGGUGCAGACCAACUUGCCGCCAGCCUAGAAGAUACAACUUUCACCCAGCUUGACCCAAUGUGGACACAAGACAACACCAUCUUGGCUUGUGAUGUCGCCACGUCACAACGGCCGUGGACGUCAGUGGAAAUGCAGGCCCUACGAGCUGGAUUACAACGAUUUGAGGGCCAGGACAACCAUAUCGCCCUGAUCUUUCGGUAUUAUGGCGACCAAUUCCGCAACCGCACCUAUCAGGAUCUUGUUCAGGCCACGAUGCGGCUUUGA